CUCCUCCGCCUUCGCUGGCUGUUGUGCAGCCCUGGCAACCGCGCAAACAUAAAUAAAUGCUCCUCGGUUAUUACAUUUAUCCAUUUAACCGCCGGCAUGAACUACUUUCCCAACUACUACUCCAUCGAGGACAUAUUCGUGACCCAGGAGAAGGUGGAGUGCCGGGUGAACACCAAGCUGCAGCGGAUGGGAUUCCUGGAUUCUGGAGCUGAAUCCGAUGAUUUAGAGCCCGGACGGACGGUCAACCUGCCGCUGUGGUACAUCAAGGAGCUGAAAGUGAACAAUGCCUACUUCACCGUCGCCGUACCAGAAAUCUAUCGCAACGUGCACAAGGCCGUCUGCGAGGCGGAGACCACCCACAUCGAGCUGGGCCGCCUGCAUCCGUACUUCUACGAGUUCGGCCGCUACCUGACGCCCUACGACCGCAACCACGUCAUCGGGCGCAUCAUCUUCGAGACGCUGCGCCAGCGGGUGCGCCACCUGCUCGACAUCUCCAAGAGCGACGGCCAGGCGGCCAAGGCGGAGCACCGGCUGGACAACAUCGAGGCCAAGCUGCACGAGGCGGGCGUGCGCACCCACAGCCAGUACAUCGAAUGGCUGCAGAUGACCGGCAACAAGAUCCGCACCUCGGAGCUGGUGGAGGAGCACCAGAAGAAGCGGCGGCGGGCCGAUCGCAGCGAUGACGAGGGCGAGUCCCUGCCCAACAGCAAGCGGGCCACCUUGUGACCUGGACCAACCCAUCCCAACAUAAACUGGUGUCUUGGAACUGUAGCAACUUUAUUUCGUCCAUUCUUUUUGGUGGCCAUAGGGCAGCCUCAACUCUCAAAAAUACACAUCAUCUACGCAAUCGGCUACAGCCAUUUGUACGGUUCGAAAAUACAUACAUGGGUUCAUCGCAUACACAUCUACACAUAACUAAGCAUCCGAUCUGGGGGCCCGGUCUUAAACUAAUCUAUUUGGAGCUGCCGGCACGCGCUUUAAAUGGACCUGGCAAUAAGCCAAACAACCGCGCAUCCUUAUACGAUUUUGCGCCACAUUAUUACAUAUAAAUAGUUAACUACAUAUAUAAUUAUAAUCUUGUAAGCUCAAUUAAAAUUUGAUUUUGUGCUAGUUUCACAUACAUUUCACAAAUAAACAUUCACCAAUGUCAGCAUA